AUAAAAAUUUAUUAAUAUAUUUUAUUUAAAAUGAAGCACAGUCUAUAAAUAUAUAUAUAUAUUAUUUACUUAAUAAAAGUUUAUAUUUAAAAACCGUAAAUGCGGGACUGACAUUCAGCUGAUGUAUCUGCUGUAGUCGGCCACGAUAGUAGGAAGCUUCAGCUGCACUAGGAAACAGGAUGAUAUUUUCCCGUUAAUUUAUCUUAAAUGUCAAAGAAAACUGUACAAAUUGGAUAAAUUACCAAAUGUGUCUUUUUUUGUGAUAGUGUGGAGUUUGAUGAUAUAAUGUUUCAAUUGACAGAAGGUCAAAAAUUUCUAAUUGUUGCAGUCUGCUUGGCAUUAUUAGCUGUAACUGUUCUUAUAACUGUAUGUGUUGUUACUCCAGUCUGCUGGCUCCAUUCUUGCUUGGUUCGUAUAGGAAAAAAGAUGGGAAAAAUGAAAUUGAAUAAAGCAAGUGAAUAUGAUGGUAUUGAAGAGACAGCCACAUUUAAAUUGACAGGAGCACCUCAGUAUACAGUGGAGAAUGAAUCUCCUAUUCCACUGGCCAAAAUUAAUGCUGAUGGUCACUUCAAAAAUGGUCGUAAGCAUCGCGAAGAUUCAACUUACAGUAGUAUGUCAACAAGUAGUCGUGGUGAUGCAUCAGUAUCUACAUAUAGUGAAGCAUCACUAGAUAUGCCUAUGGUAGAUGGAGAAGAAAUAAAUUAUGGCCAAGUAUCAUUUAGUCUUCAUUAUAAAAUUGUUGAUAAAGAAGGAGUAGGACAGCUAGUAAUUGUUCUAAAGGAAGCACAAGAUCUCCCUCCAAGACUAUAUGGAGGGACUUGUGAUCCCUAUAUAACUGUACAGAUUUAUAGAAGCAAAGGUCGCAGACGAUGGUCAAAAAAUAGUUUAGUAUCUCUAUAUGAAUUUAGAACAAGCACAAAGAAAAAGACACAACAUCCAUUAUUCAAAGAAACAUUUGUAAUGGAUGUAAUGAAAAAUGAUAUUAAAGACUGUUGGAUUAAAAUAUCUGUCUUUGAUGAAGAGAAAUUGGCCAAUGACACUGAACUUGGUCAGGUUAUUGUAAAUCUUGCUGAUUUAGAAAAUAGCAAAGAGCAGUUACAUACUGUAGAUCUUGCUGAACCAAAACAGGAUAAUGGAGAAAUUUUAUUUGGACUCAGUUAUUUACCAACAGCUGAAAGACUGACAUUUAAUGUUAUAAAAGCUAACAACUUGCAUUUAAUAACUGAAGAUCAAGAAUCUUUUGCUCCCUGUGUUCGUAUCAUCUUGCUCCAUAAUGGAAAACUUCUAAAGAAGAGAAAAACAUCUGUCAGACCUGGAACAUUAUUUCCUGUCUAUAAUGAAUCCCUUACAUUUGACAUACCACCUUCUCAGCUUGACCACGUUGCCUUUAUAAUUGUUGUCAGUCAUCGUGAUCUACAGGAUGGAUCUGUCUCAUCACCCGAGAGUCCUACAUCACCAAAUUCAAACAAGAAAAACCGACACGUGGGAAAAGUUGUAAUCGGCUCAUGUGUCCGAGGUAGCGCCUUGCAUCACUGGAAUGCCAUGAAACAAUCUCCACGGAAACAGGUCACACAAUGGCACACGUUACAGUGAUGGUCUAAGUUUUGCUGUGGGCCUCAAGACAAAAAUUCCACAUCUGUUCAGGUUGUGAGUAAUAUUUAUUUCCAAAAAGAAAUGCCUCUAGUAAAAAUAUUUGUAUAUAGUUAGGAAAAGUUUUCACAUUUAAGAUGGAAACUUGGUAAUUUAUCAACACUUUAAAAGAAAGCAUUUAUAGAAAUUUCGUAUUAUUCCUCUGUGCAUAGAAUUGCAAACAUGAUUGCUAAAAAUAACUAUUGAUUGUAAAGAAAACGGGACUAAUUUCACACUUUGUAAUAGUGCAAUUAUAAGUAUUGCAAAUAUAACUAAAACAAUUUAGAUGUAUAUAAAAAAAUAUUGCAUUACAAAUUACCAAGAUUCUACAUACAGAAUUGUAGACAGUUCGUGAAAUAAUUAUGUAGCAUAUUGUAUAGUUGAUCUAAUCAAAACUGUGAGGUUUAAAAUCCCUUGUAAUACCCAUUUUCUCUGACCCAAAAGUAUGUAUGAAAUGUAAAAAACUGGAAAUAUAUGUGUAUAUAUUGCUUAAUUAUUCAAAAAAAAAUAAGUCAGAAUGCACAUCACACAAAAUAAUGUGAUAUAUAUGUUUAGGAUUAGUUUAAUCAGUGGAUGUUAAAAUAUAUUUAAUAUUUAUUUAAAGAACACAAAUAUAUGACACACAUGUAGUUUAUAUGACACAAAUCACUAUACAAAGUGUAAUGAUCACUUUCAAUAUAGAGCAAUCUAGUCAAUCUUUUUGUCUUCCUCUAGUCAUGUCAUUUCUUGCUGAGAAAUUUGAUUUUUGUUAAUAGUAAAAUUGUCUAUGUUUUAUUUUAGGUCACAAUUUUUAUAUAUGUUUUGUCCAUAAAACAACAACUUGCAUAAUUUUAUUCAUUAUUGGUGAUGCACCUUUAAUGCUCUGUUAUUUCUUGUAACAGCUAAAUUCUGGUCGGUGUGUAGCUCAUGCUAGUAUGUGUGCCGAAUUAUGCUAGACAAAUUGAUAUUAAUUUUAUAUAUUAAUUUAGGAUUAUUUAGAAAAUAUUGCAGGCAUUUUUUAAAAAACUUUUUAAAGUAAUCAAACUUUAUUUUUUUAUUAAACAUAUUUUUUAUUACUAUAUUUAUUAGGAAAAGCAACAAUAUAUUAAGUGAUCAAUAUAUUAGCAUAAUUUUUGAAAAUUGUUAAUUUUUUUUAUAUAUUACUACUGAAUGUGCUUAAUCAAAGUUCAUAAGCACAGCUUUUCUUCUGAUCUAGUUCAAAAAUGGGGCUUUUUAUGCUAACUUAAAUAUCAUAAUUUUCCUAGUACUACUGUGAUAUUUAAGAAACAAAAAAUGAUUACAUUCAUCUAACUUUAUUUUUCAGUUAUUAAAAAGUUGUUAUAUUAUAUUCAAUAACAAUCAAACUACCUCUGAAAUCUUAUAUUGCAUAUUCUAUCAAUAUAUCUACCCUAUAUCAAUACCCUAUAUUCAAUUCAAUCAUUGGUAUUAUUGACUUUUCAACUAUCCUCCAGAUCAGUUUCCAACAUGUUCUCAAAUAUAUUGACAUAGAUUGUUACCUCUUAGUUAAUGCUUUUUAAAAAUGUAUUCCAAUUUUUUUUUUCUUUGUUACUCUUUUCUCUGAUCAUACAAUGAUAUUCAUUUGUUUGCUUGCUUCCUCUUUCAAAAUGUCUAUUUCCAUAUUUCUAUAUUUAUUUUUAUAUACCAAACAUUUCCCACAAUCUAUAACUUUUCUAGACAGAAUCAGAUGAUAAUUUUUAGUAAUGUUGUUAUAUCAAGCUCGCAUCUCAUUUCUCUUCAACCUAAUUUUACUUUUCCUUGUUAUGUAUACAUAACAGCAUGAAAAGUAUUGGAAUAGUGUUAAAUAUGACCCUUAGUUUUUUUUUGCAAAUCUCCACAUUUUGAAACCCCUGAAUCAAAAAAG